AUGGAUCGAAGCCUCACAGACCUCUUGCAGCCACCGGAGAGCAGAUCCAGAACCAAACACAGCGCCAAAGCAGUCAAGUCUGAGAAGCAUUUAGGGACCAGGCGCAAGCCCAUAGCAACAAGCAAUCAGCCGCAGCCCAGCGUGAGCAAGGCGUGGACUUCCAAGCCUGUGUUCAAACCAUUCAGCCUUCCAUCAGCUCGCAAGGAGAACAGCCAGGGUCUCCGGCAGAAGGAGUACCUGUCUCGAGACGCACUGCACAGCCUGCUGAUGCAGCUGCCCAAUACCCCCGCCUCGGAGCCUGAGACAUCUGCCACCGCCGCUCAAACGGCGGACGGCUCAAGGGACAUGGCAUCAGGUGAGUCAGACAGUGACACUGACGGCAAGUCCUCUUCCAGCAGCACGUCAGCCAAGUCAGGAUUAGACAGCAGUACCAGCAGCCACUCGAGCGAUUCGACGACUCAGAGCACCAGCAGCGAGUCAUCCUCCAACAGUGACUCAAUUGACUUGUCAGAUGAGAGCAUCGCUGAGGUCCCCUCCCCGCCCAAGCAGCUGGUGGUUGCCAAGAUCCCUUCUGCAGAGCCACAGUCUGUGCCAGUGCCCACGCAUGAGCAGCAGAUCUGGAAGACCGCCGCUGAACACGAGCAUGCAUGCUUGGGGCGCACAGCACAGGUGGAUGGCAAAGCUGCAGGCGAAGCUGUCACCAGCAAGCUCCCAUCGCAAGCAGAUCCUGUGUCCCAGGCAGUUGAAAGUGAGGCAGGCUCAGAAGAAGCAGAUAGCGGAACAGAGCCAGUGCCACACUUGGCCACAUGCCGCUGGAUGGUGGGCGAGUAUGCCUUGCAAGCGCCUGGGGCUUUGAAUGGGAGCCAGCAGGAUGCGCCAGGGCUAGCACUGCCGGCAGGCGCUGUGCAUGGAGUACCCGAGGAGCAGUGCGGCACAGGAGGCAUUGACAGCUCUCACAGGGAGGCACUUCUGAGAGGAGAGGACCUGCCGCUGAUAGCAGAGCACAUGAGCAGUGCUGCUUCCGGUGGUUUCUCUUCAGAAGUCCAGGAGCAGCCAUGCGCGGAAGAUCUCGUGCCCCCAGAUGCAGCCAAGACAGAGUCCGACGAAGUGUCGGCCUUCAUCGAAGAGUGCCUGCGAGCCUGCGAAACAAAGCAGGUGGCAGGACAGUCGUCACAGCAGCCUCAGAGCGCAUCUCAGCGAGAGAAGCCUCGUGCCCUUGUGGUUCAGCAGCAGUGCAAGCCCAGCAUCCGGGCAGCAGCAGCAGAAGAGAGCAAAGGCUGCCGCCUGGCAGGGCAGCAAGGAUACCUGUUCAUGCAGCACGAGCCAUUCGAGAGCCUGGAGGAGGGCGUGCAGUGGGUGCUGGGAGAGCUCGUCAAGACAAAGCUGCUGUACCCCAACAGCCUCACUGAGACAUGCAUGACAGCGCUGGCUGCGCUGAGCAAGCCAGAGCAACAGGAGCAGGUGAUUUCCCUCCUGUACAACGCGCUCCUACAGAAAAGCCUCACCAUGAGCGCCAGUGAAUUUCUGGAGAGCAAGAUCAGCACGCUGCCCAUGCUGCCCUUUUGCACAAUGUUCCCAAGCGUACAGUGCCUCGCAAAGCUUGCCAUGGAGGGCGCUGCAAAGGUCAGCACCAUUUGUGGAGACCUGGACAGCGACUGCUGGUGGGCCCUUGCCAACUGCAGUGAGGCAGUGCAGUACGAGUUCUUCAAGGACCUGCACAACGCAGCCCUGAAAUCCUGGACCAUUCGAAGGCUCUCGAGCUGGGCCAUGAACAGCAUCAAGCGCCACAUCAAAGUCCAGGAGAGGGCCGGCACUUCUGCAAAGCCAUCCACAGAGGGUUGCGAUGGAGUCCUGGGCCAGACUGCUGCCAGUGGCUCGUGGGGUGCUGCCCUGAACUCAGGACAGCCGCUGCCACAGCUCUGUGCACGGCAGCUGAACCCACUCAGCAGCCUCCACAGCCAUGCAACGGCCACCACCCAAAAUGGCGGCAGCCAAUACAAACGCAAGAGCUCACACCAAGGCAAGCGGCACAGGAACUCGCCAGAUGAACCAAACCAUGCCAAUGCGAAGAAAAGGAGAUUCACCUGA